AUGAAGCCACAGAAGGAGAUGGAACUGAAGGGGACGUACAGAGCCUCUCGAAAUCUUGAUCCUGCAUUUCCCCCCACGUGUGCUCUCAUGAACUACACUGGAAGCGCCAGACUUUCUUCCUCUGGGAAAGAAAGAGAGAGUGAUUAUGGGGGCCAUCUCAGCAAGUCUGAAAUCGGCUCCUGCUGCCUUACCCUGGUGGUGGUAUUCUGUCCAAACCAGGGAAACAGCCAGGGCCCUCAGAAUAGCUCAUCUGGGAUGGAAGGAGUAGCAGAGAGAAAGAGAAGGGAGCCUUCUCAGACCUCCUUAGGGAAAAAGCUCUUCAUCCUGGGCAAGCUCAGAGGCCAGUCAAACCUGAUGCCGGAUGGCCAAGCCCACAUGGAGCCUCAGUAUGCAGAGGAGGGUCCAGGACCUGGGAUCUUCAGAGCAGAGCCAGGAGACCCACUGAGGAGGCCUGAGGCCCAGCAGCAUCCCACCUCUCAGGCGGGGCGCUGGUGCUCAAGGCGGCGCGGCUGCGUGGGGCUGGGCGCCCUGGCGCUGCUGGCUGGUGCGAGCGUCGGCUCAUGGCUUCUCGUGCUGUAUCUGUGGCCAGCCGCCUCUCAGCCAUCUCCCGGGAACUUGCAGGAUGAGGAGAUGCCUUUGAGCUGCUCAGAGGCCAGUGGUGAGGAAGCCCUGCUCCCUUCGCUUCCCAGAACAGUAUCUUUCAGAAUCCACCCUGAGGGCUUCUUGCUGGCAGUACAGGUGAGGGCUCGGCCAGACUGGCUCCUGGUCUGCCACGAGGGCUGGAGCUCUGCCCUGGGGCUGCGGAUCUGCCAGAGCCUGGGACAUCUCAGACUCACUCACUACAAGGGAGUGAACCUGUCUGACAUCCAGCUCAACAGCUCCCAGGGGUUUGCUCAGCUCUCUCCAGGACUGGGAGGCUUCCUGGAGGAGGUGUGGCAGCCCAGGGACAGCUGCGCUUCUGGUCAAAUCGUUUCCCUCAGAUGCUCUGAGUGUGGGACGAGGCCCCUGGCUUCCCGGAUAGUUGGCGGGCAGGCCGUGGCUCCCGGGCGCUGGCCCUGGCAGGCCAGUGUGGCCCUGGGCUCCCGGCACACGUGUGGGGGCUCUGUGCUGGCCCCACGCUGGGUGAUGACGGCCGCGCACUGCAUGCACAGUUUUAGGCUGUCCCGGCUGUCCAGCUGGCGGGUGUACACGGGGCUGGUGAGCCACAGUGCCGUCAGGCCGCACCAAGGGGCUGUGGUGGAGAGGAUCAUCCCUCACCCCCUCUACAGCACCCAGAAUCACGACUACGAUGUCGCCCUCCUCCAGCUCCGGACACCGCUCAACUUCUCAGACACUGUGGGUGCUGUGUGCCUGCCAGCUGAGAAGCAAGAUUUCCCAAGGGGCUCACAGUGCUGGGUGUCUGGCUGGGGCCACACCGACCCCAGCCACACCCACAGCUCAGACACCCUGCAGGACACGGUGGUGCCCCUGCUGGGCACCCGGCUCUGCAACAGCUCCUGCAUGUACAGCGGGGCCCUUACCCCCCGCAUGCUGUGUGCCGGCUACGUGGACGGGAGGGCCGACGCGUGCCAGGGUGACAGCGGGGGCCCCCUGGUGUGCCUGGACGGGGGCACGUGGCACUUGGUGGGGGUGGUCAGCUGGGGCCGCGGCUGCGCGGAGCCCAAUCACCCUGGCGUCUAUGCCAAGGUUGCCGAGUUCCUGGACUGGAUCCAUGACACUGCGAGGGUGAGUCCCCCUCUCCCAGCCCUGUUCCUCCUCCACCGCACCACACGCAGCCUCACACUUCUUCCUGGGUCUCUGGCAGGCCCGCUAGGUGGAGGAGGAGCUGCAGACCCAGGUGCAGAAGGCACGGACCUCCUUUCGCACAAGACAGUCAUCGCCCACAGGCCAGCCUCCGGGUCCGGGCCUCUCCUCUUGGGCCCUGCUCCUGAGCUGGCCGCAGGACCCCCUCUGCUCCCCAGCCUCUCCCCGUGCAUGAGGACGAGUAUCCAAUCGGGCUUAAAAGAAAGCUUCCCUGGUGACCCAGAGUUGGAGGAAGAGAAGGUUCCCGGGAAUUCUCGAGGUCUGGAUGGUUUUGUCAAGGCUGCAACGUUAGCAGAUAGUGCCUUGGCCCUGAGGCCCUCGGAGCAAGUCUCCCACAGACCUGGCUGUCCGUCCUUCCCUACGGUGGUCCCUCAGAUGGCAGCCAGGACAGCUGUCGCUUCACCUAAUGUUCUGGGCACAUAG